UUCUACAGGUAGUAACAAGAGCAAGAACGACACCUGUGUCUUCUGCAGCCCUUCGAUGGAUCCCGUCCGACUACCAUUCAGGGGCCCUUCUCCUGUCCACCCGUCGCAGUGUGUACGGACGCCUGGCUCUUGGUCACAAGCUCCUAAACCUUUGGACUCAGCUCUGGGCAGGGCAGGACCUGCAGGCAGAGGCCAUGUGUAUGGAAAGCCAGAACAACCAGGCACACAGAGUGGGUCAGCACCGAGGGAAUCUGUGGGUUUGGUCUCCAUGUUCCGAGGCAUGGGGCUUGAAACGGUGCCUCGGACCCCUCUGAAAUGGGAAGGUCCUCCAUUAGGUAGAGGCAUUUUAGGGCGAGGCUUGUCUGCUACCACCGUGCGCAAGGACAAGGAAGAGCCCCAUCGUCCUGCGUUCCUGGGUCCUUCCGCACUGGCAGCUGGUGACAGCAGGAGGGCAGAGGCCUCUGUUGGUUGGAACAGGAUGCUUGGAAGAGGGAGUUCGGAUGUCUCCGUAUUACCAUUGGGAAGAGCAGCUGGUAUGGGAGGAGUGGACAAGCCCCCCAGUGGGCUCAGCCUGACUUCCCAAGAUCCCCCACGGCUGUCCUCACCCCCUCCUCUGUCCCAGUCCUCACUGCACACUGCGGGUUGCCCUCUGGUCCUGACGGCAGAGCACCAGAAAAAAGAGCUUUUAAUGAAGCAAGGAUCAAAAGGAACACCUCAGUCUUUGGGACUGAACCUCAUCAAAAUACAGUGUCAUAAUGAAGCGGUUUAUCAGUAUCAUGUGACCUUCAGUCCCCAGGUGGAGUGCAAGAGCAUGCGGUUUGGCAUGUUGAAGGACCAUCAAGCUGUCACCGGAAACGUCACUGCUUUCGACGGGUCCAUUCUCUAUCUGCCCGUUAAGCUUCAGCAAGUUCUUGAGUUAAAAAGUCAGAGGAAAACUGAUGGUGCCGAGAUCAGCAUUAAGGUUCAGUUGACAAAGAUCCUGGAGCCCUGUUCAGACUUGUGUAUUCCCUUCUACAAUGUUGUUUUCCGACGGGUAAUGAAGCUUUUAGAUAUGAAGCUUGUGGGGCGGAACUUUUAUGACCCUACAAGUGCUAUGGUACUGCAGCAGCACAGAUUGCAGAUCUGGCCAGGCUAUGCAGCUAGCAUCCGGAGGACAGAUGGGGGUCUUUUUCUUCUAGCUGAUGUCUCCCACAAGGUCAUUCGGAAUGAUUCUGUGCUGGAUGUCAUGCAUGCCAUGUAUCAGCAGAGCAAAGAAAACUUCCAGGACGAGUGUACUAAGCUUCUGGUUGGGAAUAUUGUCAUUACUCGCUACAACAAUCGUACCUAUCGUAUUGAUGAUGUGGAUUGGACUAAGACCCCGAAAGAUAGCUUCACCAUGUCUGAUGGGAAAGAGAUCACGUUCUUGGAAUACUACAGCAAGAACUAUGGGAUCACAGUUAAGGAAGAGGACCAGCCACUACUGAUCCACAGGCCCAGUGAGAGACAGAAUAACCAUGGGAUGUUGCUGAAAGGUGAAAUCCUCCUGCUGCCCGAGCUUUCUUUCAUGACUGGGAUCCCAGAGAAGAUGAAGAAGGACUUCAGAGCCAUGAAGGAUUUGACCCAGCAGAUCAACCUGAGCCCCAAACAGCACCAUAAUGCUUUGGAAUGCUUGCUACGGCGAAUUUCAAAGAAUGAGACAGCUAGCAAUGAGCUGACACGCUGGGGGCUCUUUCUGCAAAAGGAUGUGUACAAGGUUCAAGGACGUCUUCUACCAAUGGAAAGAAUUAACUUACGAAAUACUUCAUUUAUCACAUCUCAAGAACUCAGCUGGGUUAAGGAAGUAACUAGAGAUCUUUCCAUCUUGACCAUCCCGAUGCAUUUCUGGGCACUCUUUUACCCAAAGAGAGCAACGGAUCAGGCCCGAGAGUUGGUCAACAUGCUGGAGAAGAUAGCCGGCCCCAUCGGCAUGCGCAUGAGCCCCCCAGCCUGGGUCGAGCUGAAGGACGACCGGAUAGAGACCUACAUCAGGACCAUUCAGUCCAUGCUGGGAGUCGAGGGGAAGAUCCAGGUGGUGGUUUGCAUCAUCAUGGGCACACGUGACGACCUCUACGGGGCUAUCAAGAAGCUGUGCUGCGUGCAGUCCCCGGUGCCCUCCCAGGUCAUCAAUGUCCGAACCAUUGGACAGCCCACCAGGCUGCGGAGUGUGGCCCAGAAAAUCUUACUUCAGAUCAAUUGUAAAUUGGGUGGUGAACUCUGGGGAGUGGAUAUUCCUCUGAAACAGUUAAUGGUGAUCGGGAUGGAUGUUUACCAUGACCCCAGCAGAGGCAUGCGCUCUGUGGUCGGCUUCGUCGCAAGCAUCAAUCUCACCCUCACAAAAUGGUACUCACGAGUGGUUUUCCAGAUGCCUCAUCAGGAGAUUGUGGAUAGCCUGAAGCUGUGCCUGGUGGGCUCCUUAAAAAAGUUUUAUGAGGUGAACCACUGUCUCCCAGAGAAGAUUGUGGUGUACCGGGAUGGAGUGUCUGACGGCCAGCUAAAGACAGUCGCCAACUACGAGAUCCCUCAACUACAGAAGUGUUUUGAAGCUUUCGAGAAUUACCAGCCCAAGAUGGUAGUGUUUGUAGUUCAGAAGAAGAUCAGCACCAACCUGUACCUGGCGGCUCCGGAGCACUUCGUGACUCCCUCCCCUGGGACUGUGGUCGACCAUACCAUAACCAGCUGUGAGUGGGUGGAUUUCUACCUUCUCGCCCACAAUGUGCGGCAGGGCUGCGGCAUCCCUACACACUACGUCUGUGUCCUCAACACUGCAAACCUGAGCCCCGAUCACAUGCAGAGGUUGACUUUCAAACUGUGCCACAUGUACUGGAAUUGGCCCGGGACCAUCCGAGUUCCAGCCCCUUGCAAGUAUGCCCACAAGCUAGCGUUCCUGUCCGGACAGGUCUUGCACCAUGAGCCAGCCAUCCAGCUGUGCGAGAACCUGUUCUUCCUGUGAGCGCACGGCGGCGGAGAGGCUGGUAGGAGGGAUUAGGCCGGAAUUCCGCAGUGACUCUGGCAGAAUCAACAGACUGACGUGGGCUGUUGUCUUGGCGUUUUCCCCUUCUCCAAUAGAGUAAGAGUUCUUCUCUUUUUCCUUUUAAUCCUGAUGUCACCAAGAAGCAAAGUUCUCCCUAGGUAUCAGCUGGAACUACCCUUGCUGCCCACGUAGAGCAGCUGGUGGUAGUUCGCUGCUGCAGACGGACCGCAGACGGACAGGUGCUGCCAGGGAACCACGAAGGGCCCAGCGAGCCGUGGAGACGUGGAAGCAGCAAGUUCACCCUGAACUGUGCUGACCAAGCAGGUCCUGCUCUCACCCCAGGUGGUGGCGAGUGAAGUCUCCAGUUCCUUCACAGAAGGGAGCUGCUUUGUCCAGGCAGUGGCAAGGUCUUGGAAGGGCUGGGAGGCCGUGUUUUCCAAAAGAUACCCUGUGGCUGGGUGGUGUGAAGGCGGUGUGACGCCAGCUGUGACAGUCGGCCCUUUGCCUUCUUGGCCUUCGGGUUUUGUUUUUGUUUUUGUUUUUCAGACAUUUUCCAGGACUUGAACUGCAGUUGGCCAUGUGGGAUUCCAGAUGCCUUAACCUUCACCCCACCGGCGGCCGCACCUUCAGGGGUUUUUGAUGCCUGA